AUGGCCGACACCAAGACCUUACCCCAGAGGUCGGGGACCAUUAUGACCAACUCGUCUGUCCUAAGCGACGAUGCCGUUCCUGAUGUCGACCCUACGAGCACUGCCGGGCUCCUCGCAGAGCGUCUUCAAGCUUGGAAACAUGCCGUCGGAUACUUGGAGGAUUACAUGGAGGUUGUCGAGAAGAUUCACAGGGCUCAGUCCAAAGAGUACGAAAAGGCCCUGAAGGUCAUCUCCCACCCCUUGAAAGAAGGCCACCACUUCGACCAGAGCCUUGGCGGCGUCGCGGGCUACUUUGAGAACAUGCGCUCCAAUACUCAGGCGAUUAUUAACACCAAUCUCGAGACGGAAAAGAGCAUCAAGGGCUCUGUCCUCCCCAUCCUCGAGCGCCUGCACAAGGAGAUUAAGCACAAGGGCAAGGAGUUGGCACACGGCGCACAGAAAGGCGCCAAGGAGGUCGAAAAGGCCCGCAACACCACACAGAAGCACAUCGAGCUCCUCGGCCAACAGACAGCGGCUUUCGAGUCGGCCGGCGGCAAGAUGCACGGAUCUGACGACCCUUACGUAGUCCACCGAGGUGUCUUGCACAGGCUGCACAAGCAGGUCCUGGAGGAGAACAACAACCGGAACGACCUCAUUGCUGUUCAGAAUAACUUCGAGGCUUUCGAGGUUCAUGUCAUCGAAGUUGUCCAGCAAGCAAUGGAGGCCUUCAUCCAGUUGGCCGGCGGUCAGGCGGAAAAGACUCGCGCGCUCUAUUCGGACAUGCUGGGUGCGAUCCAAAGGGUCCCGGCCGACCUCGAGUGGAAGGGCUUCGUCUCCCGCAGCGGCGACCGCUUGGUCAACCCCAACGACCCCCCGCGCUCAGUCGAGUCCAUCAACUUCCCCAACAUGGACCAUUCCGCCGUCAAGCCUCUCAUUGAGGGUUCCUUGGAGCGCAAAUCGCGUAACAAGCUCUCAUGGGGCUACUCUACCGGGUACUACGUUGUCACUCCGGCCAAGUUCCUGCACGAGUUCAAGGACUCCGACAACGCCCGCGUUGAUCCCAAGCCCGAGCUGUCCAUCUAUCUGCCCGAUGCCGUGAUUGGAGCUCCCAACGGAAACAAGUUCAACGUCAAGGGCAAGGACAGGAGCAAGUCGAUCAGCUCAAAGCUCACCGGAUCCUCGGAGUUGGCUUUCCAGGCGCACACCCCUGCCGACGCACAGAAGUGGUUCGAGAUCAUCAAGAACGUUGCGGGAGCGACUGGACCUGCAGAACCCGUAUCGUCGCCCACCUCGCCGGUUAUUGGAUCCGACGAGAAGAUGCCUGCGAUUGCGCCCGUCGCGACCCCCCAGUCUGGCCAUUCGGUACAAGAGGCCGGUGUCACUGGCGCCGACCCAACCGCGAGCCCGGAGUUGCUGAGCCCGGUUGAUGGCCCAUCGUCGAGCGCCACGGCUGCUCCCGCGCCUGCACCUGCGCCUGCUACGAUGGCACCUGUGGACGAAAAGAAGGUCUAA